AAAAACCUAGGACAUUUAUUAAGAUUUUAAAAUAACAAUUAUGAAGGCUUAUAAGCCACUUUUAAAGACACUAUUUCGAUAAAAAGUGCACACAUACAUUACGCGCGCGCGCAGAUACAAUCCAUAUAUACGCACUACAUCUAUGUGUACGAUACGUACAUACAGACUUAAAAUACACACACUAUUGAAUAUUAACGCAUACUACUGCGCAAAUGUUCUUUAUCUAUUCUGUUCUAUUUUAUUCGUAUAAAGUGACAAUUUUGUCAUGUAGAACCAUAUGUAAUAAGACGUCGUUUGAAAUAACAUAUCGAUGUGUGAUUUCAAAUCUGUUACGUGUUGGAUUUUACGAUAGAAGUGUCAGAAGUUACUGCUGCAAUUAUUAGUGUAGCAAUCGUGAAUAAAACGUACAUGCGUUUUACACUUACAUUGGUUGUACAAUUUGUUUUUCGUUUUUCGUUGAAAAAUUGAGGCGCAUAGUGUUAACGAUUCUCUGAUCCAUCGAUAUUUUAAACACAUUUAUAUUGAAAUGUAAAUAAUACCGAUUACAUUAUAUUGAUAUUAUGCCUCAAAUAUAAACCAUAUUUUUAAUUAGAAGAUUAUUAAUAUUGAUUCAAUCGUGCAUAUAUGGUUAUGGAUACCGAGUAUGUAUAGAACUGCUUAAUAAAUUUGUAUAGUAAAAACCUCAAUUGAUGUGACAUUAUGGAGAAGUUUGUGAUUGACUUGGAUAAAGUUCUCAAUGAUUUCGAAUUCAACGAAGAUUGUGCGGAACAAGUAGCAUCGGUAGCAACUUCUACAAUUAACGUAUCAGCUACGGAUAAGCAUACUAUUGAAUGUGUGCCUCCGAAAAUAUACAAUAUUAAUUCUGGAAAAAGUAUAGCUAUUGAUCCUUUGCCAUCUCUAGAGAAACACAGAGACACUAGAUCGAUAGAUGCCGAUUGCAGAUAUUCAUUAACUGAAAAGAGUGUAGCGGACAGUAAAGAUUCUAUAAACAAUUUUUACACAUAUGAUGCCGAUGACAAGUCGGAACAGAAAUCAUGCGUUCGUACCGAUACUUCUGAUCAAAUGUCUUUAACAAUAUACAAUGAUAUAUCAGGUAAUUUAAUACAGAAACAACAGAAUGGAAGUAAUGAUUCAAAGGAUAGUAACAGAUAUGAUAAAAAGUUAAAUCAACCAAGUUUCAAGCCUAGUAUUAGCAAUGUGUUUAAUAGUUUGAAUGAAUAUAUUAAUGCUCCGACUGGAAGUUUAAGUUAUGUUCAGCCUAUGUUAGAUGAUCUACCUAAAAUGUCCAUGGGUAACAUAAUGGAAAAAGAUUUUAUAUUGACUAAGGAUAUAGUAACUAAUAAAUAUACAAUUCCAAAGAAAAAAGACAUAGUGGAUGUAACUGAUAAGAAUAUCCUGGAUUGUAAAAAUAUCUUACCAACGGAAGCAAGUACAUUUGUAGAAGUAGAAAUAGAUAACAAACAGGAUAAUGCGAUGCAAAAUGUUAUAUCGCAAAAUUCUACACUGAUACAGUCGGAAAAACUAAUUGCUAAUAGCAAUGCUACAAUCUUUGUACCAAAUACAAGUGUUUCAAAAAAUGAACAUGAUAAUAUUACCACAAGUACGGAAAUGUUUAAAACUGAUAUUAAUGAAGAAGAUUUGAUUAAUGAUGGUAUAUUUGAAGAAAUUUAUAAAAGUAUUCCUAGCGAACAAAAGCAUCUAGACUUAAAGGAUCAAAAUUUUAUUGAUAAAUGUGUAUUUAUUGAAAGUAAGGAAAGCAAUGCUGUAUUAGAAAAUGCUAUCAAAUUAGAUACAAGUCUAAAGAACAGCGAAGAUCAUAAUGAAAAUGUGGAAACGACCAAGAGCUGCAAUAUCUUAUCUAAUAUGUUGCAUACAAUUGAUACUAGUGAUGACUUUUCCGAGGAGAAACUAAAUCAAUAUUUGUUAGAGUUGGAAAAAGAAGAAAAGUUUAAAACAGAAGAUAUAUUACAUACAGAUGAUAUUUGGUCGCUAAAAACACAAGAUGAAAUAAAAGAAAAUACUGCGAGUCAAUGUCAGCAAGAUGACAUUAAUGAAGCACCGCUAUUUGAAAAAAUUAUGAUUGAUGAAUAUUCAAAAAUAUCUGAAGAUGAUGUUCAAGAGAAAGUAAAAAAAUUUUCUGUAAUUGAUUACAUAGAUGUACAUAAUGAAAAUAUAACAAAUGUAGAAUGUAAUGAUACAAUAAAAAUUGCUUUACAUGAAAACAAUAAUUCAGACAGACAAAAUGAACUGGAUAAAAUUAUAAAAGAUAAGGAUAUAAUUGAGGCUAUUAAUCAAGAGAUAGUAAUACCAGAAAAUACUUUGCAGUCUGUAUCGAGUGCUGUUGAAGUAAAAGUCACAUCAAAAUUUGAAAAUGUUAAAGAACAGGAUAAUCAACAAGAUAAUAUACAGAAAUUACAAGAUAUCAAUAAAGAUAUGCAAUUACUGAGUAACAAUAGUGGUGUUGUAGAAAAUUUAUCAGACAAUAAAGAUUAUAAUGAGAUACAAUCAAGAGUGUACCAUCAAGAUAUUAGCGAAGAGAGUAAAGAUAUUGUUACAUUAAAUGAUAAUAAAACAUAUGAUAGUGAUUUGGUUCCUAAGAUGGAAAUUGCUAAAAUUACCGAUGCUUGUACAAUCUCUUAUACAAAUGAAAAUAAUCAGGAAAGCGAAAAACCAACUCGUCCUCAGACAUUGGAUAUUAUUUCGACACAUAAUAAAAACGACUGCCAUAUUCUUGGAUCUCCAAGUGCUACACCAGCGGAACAGGAACAUUCAAAUAUCGGAGGCAUUGAUGAAGAUCGAGGUGCUUCAUCGGAUGUUUCUGAUAAUUCCUUAGUCGAAUGUAAUACCAUAUUGGGAAAGCAACCUCCAUUUUGGGUUCCAGAUAGCGAUGCAGCUAGUUGUAUGUUAUGCGAUAUUAAGUUUACCGUACUUAAAAGACGUCAUCAUUGUCGGGCUUGUGGUAAGGUAUUAUGUAACAAAUGUUGUAAUAUGAAAUAUAGAUUGGAAUAUCAAGGAAAUAUCGAUUCUCGCGUUUGCGUUCCGUGUUAUCAUUUACUCAUAAAAGCUGAGAACGAGCAGGGAACUAGUUAUAAUUGGUCAACUAAUUAUAAUUCAUAUGCAGAUUCUAGUGAUGCCAAUCCCUCACAGGGGAGACAGCCUAAUCCAAAUAAUCCUAUGGAGUACUGCUCUACUAUACCACCCUUACAACAGUUAGCUGGCGGUUUACCACCACCACCAACAGUGAUGGUACCUGUGGGCGUUCUAAAGAGAGAAGGUUCGAAACAUCGUACAGAAGGACAGAAAUCUGUAAUGUUCAGUGACGGAAUAAGGCCUGGCUGUGACCUGACAGAGCUAGACACAUGUUGGGAUCUGAAGCCAUCGUAUCGCAAGCAAGGAAACAAACGGAUGUUUGCAUCGGGAUCCACGUUGACAGACCCUGCGACGAGGAAACAGAGUCAUCCUCUUCUAGACAAUAUGACUAACAGUUAUAUACCGCAUGAUCCUAAUUUGUUGCCCCCGAACGUCACUAUACACAAAGGCCAAAUUACAUACUAUCCAUCUAUGGAUGAAAGCGUACUUUAUAAGACUUUAAAAAAUGAAUGCGAAUCACCGGUAAUGUUCGCGAUUAAUCGGAAUCUCUAUGCGUAUGUGAAAAUAAUUAAUCUAAACUGCUGUGUAAAUAAGAUCUGUUGGAAUGUGACAUCGAGAGGUCUUGCUUGCGUUGGCCAAGACGAAGUUAUUUUAUUAGUUGAAAUUUUACCGGAUGAAACGCGAAUUCCAAGGGAUCUUCUCAUUUAUAUCAAUCAACUAUAUUUUGAAGCUAUUAAAGGUAAUACAAUAACAGAACUCGGAUUCUCGGUAUAUCAAGGUAAUAAUCUGUUGGGUUCACGUGAACAUUCGGGAUUUCUUUUUAUUCGUCAAACAUUACAAUGUUUACAAAAAAUUAUUUUACCGCCUGCACCUUUCCUAAUUGGACUUUUAAUUCAUAGGUGGGAAACUCCAUGGGCUAAAGUAUUCCCAUUAAGACUUCUUUUACGUCUUGGUGCGGAAUAUCGUUAUUAUCCUUGUCCAUUGGUAUCUGUGCGUUUUCGCGAUGCAUUAUACUUCGAGAUUGGACAUACUGUCAUGAAAGUACUAGCAGAUUUUAGAAAUUUUGGAUAUACUUUGCCAGGAGUAAGAGGCUUAACAAUUCAUCUCAAGAAUCGAACAACAGACGUUAUGUUUCCCAGAAAUCGAUAUGACCAAGUUAUAAAAGGACUUUAUAAUUCGAAUGAUCAUGUAUUGGCUUAUGCUUCAAAUUUUAGUAUAGCUGCAGAUUCACACUUAGUUUGCAUUCAAACAAAUAGUGGCGAUGAAAGCAGUUAUCAAACACAAGCGAUAAAUAUUCACAAUAAGCCGAGAACAGUAACUGGUGCUAGUUUUAUUGUCAUCAAUGGUGCUCUGAAAUCAUCAAUGGGACUUUCUGCCAAGUCUAGUAUUGUAGAGGAUGGAUUAAUGGUAGAAAUAAUGUCAGAAAAAAUGGAAGCUUUAAAAGCUGCUCUUAAAAAUAUGCAGGAUUUUUCAAUCGGUUGCGGACGUCAAGGAGCAUCGGAACCGGACGAGAUUGUAAAUAUAAAGUGGGUCGAUAACGAUGUGCUGUUUAAUUUGGGAGUCAAAAGUCCUAUUGAUGGACAACUAAUGGACGGUAUACCAUCUAUUAGAGUACACAAUGGCAGUGAUUAUAGAGGUACAACUCGAUUUAUACGCUGGACAGAAGUAUUUAUUAUAAAAUCGGAUGAUUAUUCGAAUGGCGUAAAUGAUCCGGUGGAUAUAAAUAAACUAUCUGGAAAUAUAGCAAAAGCGACAUGUGCAGCAUUGGUUAAACUGUUGGAUCUUCUAGCGACAGCAGGUUUAACGAAGCUUGGGGUGCGAGCAACUAUUCAUUCAGACAAUGUGGGCUAUGAAGCUGGUAGCGAAGGUAUAAAAUUACCACCCAUCUAUAUGAAGAGCUUAGAUAAUGAGUUAAUUCAAGUUCUACAUAAAGCUGCACAAAGCAGUCAAGAUGCACAUACAGUGCUCGAGUUGAUAUUUUAUGUACUUGAUGAUUGAAGAGUAGUAUGUAUGCUAUAUUUUUUAAUUGGUGAUGCUUUAGGAUGACAUUGAAUAACUUUAUUCAGUGAAAAAGAUGUGCAAUUACUGAAUAUUAUAAUAUAGCGAAAUAUGAUAUGUAAGUUAUUUCUUAUUGUAUAUACACUUCGUUUUAUAACUCAAGAUAUUAUUUUUUUAA